AUGGAUGCCCACACCGCAGCCGGGGAACGGACGUCCACACCAGAAACGAAGCAUGACCUGGAGGUGGCCGUUAGGAGCGAACACAGCGUCCCUGAUGUCACCCCAGAAGCAGUACAGAAAGUAGAAUCGGAAGAACAUGAAGAAGAGGAGGCUCCAAACGCCACCGUCGCACAAAACGUGUCUGCCUCCACAGCCUCAGCACCCUCCGACUCGACAGAUGCAUCGCCAACCGAUUCGGACGACACAGACGACGCAGACUCCGCAGACGACACACAGCAUGAGCCCGCAUCUCCUUUAAUACCCGGUAAGCCGGCCGAGGAGCUCGACGACGAGAUGGUGACCACAGAAAGCACUUCUGAGGACCAUACCGCACACGGUGUUGCUCCUCGGUUGGACGAACACGACUCGUUAGUUACAGUCCGCCUGUCCGAGCCGCCCGUUCUGAGUAUCAACACGCACAGCACAGCGUCUGGAGCGUCUACAGGGGCAACGGCCGAGGACGCCAGACCGUCGACACCCACCAUGGCACGGAGCCAGAGAGCCACGAUGCCCACGGUGGCCGAGAACGAGUCAGACAGCGAUGACAGCAGCGAGGACGACGAGGACGUGAACUGGGAGCAGCUUCAGCAAACCGAAAACGAGGAGUCCAAUGGACAAAAUUCCGAUCAUACUGCCAUGCUCCUUGCACGACUCGAACAAGAAAACGCAAAGCUCGCGACAAAUCCCAAAAGCAUCCGCGUUCAAGUGCGUGACAGCGCGCCGCAGUCCCCGCGCCGCGUUCGUCCGGUUUCUGUUGCUCAGCUCCGCGAUAUGGUCCAGGGGCCUACACCCGCCGCACUACGCUACUCGAUGCUGCCUCCACCGCCGAUGACCGAUCUUGAAUUCUACGCGGCCCUCGUCCAGGACUACCACCAGACGGCCGCUCGUCUACCAACAUUACUGUCCAAUAAGAUACGCAAGGGCAUCCCACCUCCGUUGCGUGGUGUUGUUUGGCAAGGCAUGACCGGUGCGACACGCGACGCGGCGCUGCUCGAGCAAUACGAGCGAUUCUGUGACGCGACCAGUCCCUAUGAGGGCAUCAUUGGCAAAGAUCUCGGCCGCAGCUUCCCCGGUGUAGACAUGUUCCGCGAACCCGACGGAGACGGGCAACGCAUGCUUGGCCGUGUGCUGAAGAGCUACAGCUUGCACGAGCCGCGCAUCGGCUACUGCCAGGGGCUCGCGUUCCUUGUCGGCCCCCUUUUGAUGCACAUGCCAGACAGAGAGGCUUUCUGUGUACUUGUCAAACUCAUGGAAAACUACGAUCUACGGAGCUCCUACAUGCCAGAUCUGGCAGGGUUGCACGUCCGAAUCUACCAAUUCCGCGAGCUGCUGCGCAGCACGUUGCCGGAAUUGUCGUCCCAUUUGGAAGAUUUGCAGGUAGACCCCGCUGCUUAUGUUUCACAAUGGUUCCUCUCGUUUUUCGCUGUGACGUGCCCCCUGCCCAUGCUGUUUCGCAUGUACGAUGUAGUCUUUGCCGAAGGCGCGGCUGAGACCAUUAUGCGGGUGGCUCUGUCACUCAUGCAGAACAACCAGGCCCGUUUGCUAGCGUGCGCAGAACUUGAAGAUGCUAUCCAGCUUUUGCUCUCGCGAGGCCUUUGGGACUGUUACCACUACAACGCAGACGAGUUUGUGCUUCAUUUCCUCAGUCUAUCCAAUGUGGUCAGCAGAGACCGGCUGGCUUCGCUUGACCAAGCCUACCGCGAGGCACAGAUUGCCAAUAUCAACAACCAAACCGACGCUAGCAGUAAUGCGGACCGUGCUUCGACCAUCAGCACUAUAGCGUCUCGCUUCUUGGGCCGUCUCUGGACAUCCUCGUCUUCUUCCUCAUCCACGCCUGUGGCAAUAACAGCAGCAGCUGCGGCUGCAUCUAACCCGCCGCCUUCAAUCGACGAGUCACCCUCUCUCUCCAACUCCACCAACGACCUCGCUUCUACCUCUGGCCUCGCCUCUCCGACCACCGCGUUGUCGCCCCCCAACCAACCGCUGACCCUCAACGCGGGCCUCAGCGCACCGCCGCUGCGACCCUUGAGCUUUCUGCAGCGGAGCUCAUCAAAACACAGCAUCGCCUCUACUGUCAAUUCAAUGGAGGCGGCUUCGCCUGCAGCUGGUCCGUCGUCCUCCGCAACCUCCUCCUCCUCUUCCUCUGUCUUGAGCUCUACCUCGACAGACGCGACAUCACUCUCGCGCGAUUCUUCCUCAGACAUCACCGCAUCCGCCAAGAAUGCAUCGACUUCCAACAGUGCCAACAACAAAAACUCGGACAACGACCGUUAUCUCCACAGCCAAAUCGAAGACCUUCUCACAGCACUCAGCGACUUGCAGCGCCAGCAUGCUCUCACCACAGACCAGUUGCAGCGAGAGCGAGAGGAACGCAGCGACGACCAGAAGGCAGUGCAAGCCCUGCUACGUAACCUGCGUGAGAAGAGUACAAAGAAGACGGUAGCUGGGCCCAUCAAAAAAGCGCCCGUCACCUUUGGUGUACAGCUGCGUACAACUGAACUAGACGAGACCCCCGCUGCAUCCAAAAGCACGACAGCCACGCAAUCAUCCGAUAUUGAGCUGUCGAUGCCUCAAGAUGAGCUUUUCGCGCUUCUCGAGCCGGUGGAGGCCCGCUUCGCUGCAAAGGUCGACAACCGACGGUCGUCGGUGCCGCAGACCAAGUCCCAGCUACGCGACGAGCUCGGGCGCGCAAAGGAACAGCUGGUCAACGAGCUUGCCAAGGGCCAGGACCGCAACCGCCAGGUCAAUGAGAUGGAGCAAGAGCUGGCGACCAUGAAAGACCAACUGCGUGACAGCCAUGCGCGUGCUCGUGUGCUGCACCAAGACAAGCAGCGGCUGGAGCGCCAGAUCCACGACCUGCGGACGCGGGUGGCCUCCGAGGCUGCCUCUGCCGCGGUCGCAGCUGCUGCCGGUGCGGCGCGCAUAACGCACAGCAAUGGUGCCGAUCUCUCCAGUGGCAGUGGUGCUGAAGGUACGGGUGCCCAAGGAAUCGCCGAUGCCGCGACGGAAUGGUUUGGCCGUGCUACAGGUACUGGUGCCGGUGGCGGUACGCCCAGCAAGGGCGGUGCUUCUGGGGGCCUGCGCGAGCUUAAACUUGGACGCAGCAAGUCCACUCCCACACAGGCUUCCGGGCCCGCUGCAACAGGACCGCCGCCCGCGAGCAACGCAUUGUCUAUGUUUGGCGGUAACGGCAAGCGUUCGUCGUCACUUAUCGUCCGUGGAACCGGACGGCGCGAGUCCGUCUUUGGUGGCGGCAUGAGUAGUUACCAGAGCGGCAACGAGGAGAGCAUGGAGCAGCAGCAGGAUGCUCUUGUCCUGGAGCUUGUCCAGGCCAAGACGUCCGAGGCUGUAGCCCGCCAGGAGGCCGAAGAGGCGAAACAGAAGCUCGAGAGCUUGCGAAAGGCACUGGGCCUGUCGGCAAACGACAUGGCAUCCAUGUUGCACAAUGCGAGAAACUCGGGCGGCGGAGCAGCUGCCGCCACUGCAGCCACCGCGGCCAGCACGGCAGCUUCGGCAGCCAUGGGCGUGCUGGGGAGGUUGACCACGUCAAUGUCGGACAGCAACGCGCACGCAGCCAGCACAAAAGCUGUCGCUGCCACUGCACCCGCCGCGGCACCCGCCACCAACACGACAUCGUCGUCCGGCUACGGCUUUUUCGGCUGGAGACGCUAA